UUCCAGCGACAUGUAGAUAUUGGCGGUUACGGCGAGAGCGAGCGGUUGGAUCCACCACUCCACAUGCCGAAAACACUCCGCAGUCAGCAGAAAGAUGUCCUAAUAUGGGUUGGUCAUGCGUCGUGGCACGCGUUGUGGCCUUCUUCCUCAUGCUCAACGGGGUAUCUGCUCUCACAUCCGACAUUUUUGCAGCGGGAAAGUCGGACAAAGAGAUAUUAGACAACCUUCUGAAAAACACCCGCUACGACAAAAGACUGCUUCCGCCAGUAGAUGAUCCAGAAUUCUGUUGUGGUCUAACUUCUCCCAACGACUCUUUGGCACAAAGUAAGGUCGGCUUUCCAUCGCUCCGGCCUCGGUCGCACAAUCGUGGUGUACUCACCGUUAAUGUUAGCGUGCUACUUCUAAGCUUAGCUUCUCCAGACGAAUCUAGUCUUAAAUACGAGGUGGAAUUUUUACUUCAGCAGCAGUGGUAUGAUCCGCGAUUACGGUACUCCAAUCAGUCUCAUUACGAUUACCUGAACGCUAUCCACCAUCACGAAGACAUUUGGCUGCCCGACACAUACUUUAUCAUGCAUGGAGAUUUUAAGGAGUAUUCUGAACAUUCACGGGAUCCAAUAAUACCAAUGCAUUUCGCGUUGCGUAUUUAUCGUAAUGGAACUAUUAACUAUUUAAUGCGGCGGCAUCUCAUCUUAUCCUGUCAAGGACGGCUCAACAUCUUUCCAUUUGAUGACCCAUUGUGUUCAUUUGCCUUAGAAAGUAUAUCUUAUGAGCAGUCAGCGAUAACGUAUGUUUGGAAGAACGAUGAAGACACUCUUCGAAAAUCGCCUUCUUUAACUACUCUAAACGCAUACCUCAUCCAAAAUCAAACCAUCCCCUGCCCUAUCAAGGCUAGUUGGAGAGGUAAUUACAGCUGCCUCAAAGUGGAUCUCAUCUUUACGCGGGAUAGAUCUUUUUACUUCACAACAGUUUUCAUUCCGGGGAUUAUUUUGGUGACAUCAUCAUUUAUUACUUUUUGGCUGGAAUGGAAUGCAGUGCCUGCUAGAGUCAUGAUAGGUGUAACUACAAUGUUGAACUUUUUCACAACAUCGAACGGAUUUCGAUCCACGUUGCCAGUCGUCUCUAACCUGACUGCAAUGAACGUGUGGGACGGUGUGUGUAUGUGUUUCAUUUACGCCUCCCUCUUGGAGUUUGUGUGCGUCAACUACGUCGGCAGAAAACGACCACUCCACAACGUGGUCUACAGGCCCGGAGAGAAUCCGGUGACACAGGAGGCGGUGGCAUUUCUCCAAUGGGCAAAAUCUGAGACCCCACAACCGGAAUGUAGCGGCGCUGUAAGUGAUGUCACUGAAACAUCCAACCAAACCAUACGCCCCCACAUCAUCAUCCGAUUCUGA